AUGUUGAGUAAUUUUGAAGAUAUGUCCUGGUCAGAUGUCCGUGAUCAGUUUAGAAAAUGGCGUGAAAAUAACGAACGAAAAAGUGACGAAGUGAUUCUUCUUUGGGAGGGUAUUUUAGAAGAUCGAGUCCAGAAGACUGGAAAUGAACGUCACCUGAUAUUAGAACAAGUCAUUAUGGCAGCUUUCGACACAAGCCGCUUCGAUAUUGCAACCAAAUGUAUUAAAGAACUAAGUGUGGAAUUUCCAGGGAGUAUGCGUGUUAUGAAAUUUAAAGCAAUGCGUUUAGAAGCUUUGGAACGUUUCGAUGAAGCCGCUGAUGUUCUUGAUGCUAUUAUUGCUAAGGAUGAAACAUGCGCUGCGCCACGUAAAAGAAAAAUUGCUAUACUAAAAGCCAGAGGAAAACGUGGUGAAGCUAUAAAGGAACUUACGGAGUACUUAAAAAAAUUCAUGUCUGAUCAAGAAGCUUGGCAUGAUCUCAGUAGCUUGUAUCUUGCUGAAGCUGAUUAUGGAAAAGCAUUAUUUUGCAUGGAGGAAAUGCUGUUGCAUAACCCUCAUAGUCAUUUAAUCAAUCAACGUAUCGCUGAAAUUCGUUACACCAUGGGUGGCAUUGAAAAUAUUGAAACUGCCAGAGUCUAUUAUUCGCAAGCCGUGAAACUGAAUCCCAAUAACUUGCGGGCGUUAUAUGGCAUUUACCUGUGCUGUAACGCCAUUUCCAACUCCAGAGUCUUAGGUUCGAAACGUAAAGAAGCACAAAAAAUCGGUCAAUGGGCUCUAGAAAAAGCAACUGCACGUACUGAAGAACAUUCUACAAUUAAGAAAAAUGCUAAAUUAAUCGCUGCGUUAGAUACAGCACUUGGAAAUUUGGAAAUUAAGUCAAACUGACAGGGGACAAAACUGGUGGUUAGUGGAUAGGGUUUGAAUCAUGCGUAAACAUAUAUGUAUUCGUAUUCCUUUAAAAAUGUUUAUUUUCCAUAAAAAAUUUAAGGCAUCAAUUUAGUUUCUUAUCGGGAUUUUUAUUUAUUAUAAUUUUCGUAAUUGGUUUGGUGUCAGCAAAAAAUUUAGAUUUUCAUUCCAAUGCGCUUCACAAAUAAUUUGCUAAAAUUCAAAAGUAAGAUUUAAUAAUGCAAAUUCCAAAAUAAUAUCAAUAUAAUUUCUUUAUGUAAUUGUU